AUGGGCCCACGGGCCCUCGUCCUCGUACUGCUUGUCGGCUGGUGCGGCCGACAGCUGGCAGCAGCUACGCCUGUCUACGCCGACCAGCAAGGCGCCGCGCCCCCGAGCCAUCCAGAUUCCCAACAGCCCGCUCUGGAUCACCAGGACGCGCAUUCCUCCGGAGCGGUCAAGCAAGAGAGCACAGCCAUACCUCACGUUCCCACGCAAAGUGCGACGCCUUCGACCGCACUCCACGUCCAGUCACACGCGGUCAACGGAGUUCCCCACCGAUCAGUGACGACCUUGAGACCCCCGACGCCAACUCCGCCGGCUGCCGGCGUUCCUCAAGCAGCCAAGACAGUAGCCUCGCAGAAAUCCCAAUCAGCCGGUGAGAGUGCGGCGCCAGAGGGACGCCGACGUCGUCCAGGUGGUUACAACAGGCCUUACUACCCGCAACGGCCGUACCGCCCUUACAACAGGCCUGGAUACCAGAGACCCGGAUAUCAGAGGCCUGGAUACCAGAGACCUGGCUAUCCUUCACGGUACCCGUACCGGCCGUACCUGCGCGAAUACCUCGUCGACCCGGAGUUCGAGCCGUACGACGACCCUGCCUACCGGGGAUCUUCGAGCCUGGGCUACGUGCUGGACGCGUUCGUGCGCGUCAUCACCCGAAUAGCUUCCGUGGGCAAGACCAGCAAGCCCUCAAAAAAAGGUAGUCCGGCUACCAACGGCACAACAAGCACGGGACCGGGCACCGAUGUCACUUCCACAGGACCACCAUCGGUCGACAACGGCGACGACAGCAGCCUGACCUCGACGCCCCCGCAGUCGCCGCCAGGUGAGAGCAUCUUCUACAGCAUCGAUGAUGUGACCGGACCAUUCAAGUUCCUGGUAGCUCUCGCCGAGGUACCCACUGGAAUGCACGUGCCGGUUGAUCCACCCGUCGACAAGAAGCCGUGGGGAGCCAAGCAGCCAGCAUUGAAACCGGGCAGUGGUUACGUGGGCGUCAUCGAAGACGAGGAAGGAGAAGACAUGAGCACCCCGUCGCCGACGCCGGCGGAGGUCGGCGAAGAAGAGUUGCCUCCCGAGGAGCAGGGAAACGACGAACCGGCCACUCCAGAAACUCACCCACCGGUCUACUUUUAACCGGACGGCACCGGCCGAGAGUAGAGGUCGAAUCCAGGAGCAGAGAAAUAUCGCGUCAUCGGCGAGAAAAAGACGAACUGCGAAGUUUCUGCAACGAGCAAUAAAAAUGGCCAUCCUGU